AUGCCAGUCACAGAAAUCAAGGGUUUCCAAGUACUCCCACUUCGGCUACCGGACAGUUCAGGGAAACUGUACCUCUAUUUCAGAAAGCAUGAAGUUAAGGGCAACGCUGCAGCACAGCUGCUCUCAGGACGGUCAUUGUUCGUCUUCAACCUUCCCAUCCAAACGACGCAUCAGGUUGUCAAAAAAUACUUUCAGCAGGUUGCAAUCGGUGCUACUGUUGAAAAUUUCAUUCCCAGCAUCCUUACAGAUCUCCAGGAAGAUUUCUACGUAGACCUCACAAAACUCACAUCGGAUCUCGAAUUCGACAACGAAGAUCCCACCAAAGAGAUUGCAGAGAAGCUCCCGAAAAACUGUGCCAUCAUCACUUUCAUCGACAAAUCCUCCUUCCAACUAGCAUUUAACGCAUUGAAAAAGUUAUCAAAUGACGCUAAGACCACCAACUGGCCCGUGCCCUCAUUAGGCUCUGCAUUCCUUCAGAAGAAAUACCAAAAGCAGAUAUUGGAUGCUGGCAAGUUGUCAGUGGCAGUUGCAACAGCAUUGGCCGACUUUAACAGGGCAGAGCAGGAGCUGAUGGAGGAUUUGAAGAGAAGUACUGAAGUGGUGGAUGAGGAUGGCUUUACCUUAGUGGUGGGCUCUCACCGUAAGACAAAGGCGGGUAUCAUGGGCAAACAAAAGCUUGCUUCAACCGUUGGUCUAGAAAAGGCCAACAAGAAGCUCAAGAAGAAGGAGAAGGAGGACUUUUACAGGUUCCAAUUGAGAGAAAAGAAGAAAAACGAGAUGAAUGACUUGCUUCAGAAAUUCAAGCAGGACCAAGAAAGGAUCAAGGCCAUGAAGGAGAAGAAGCGUUUUAGACCAUAUUAA